CAGAAAGCGAAGGAGCCGUGUAUUGGUUGUAGAGCCUGCCUGUUAUACGCAGGCGCUGACUGCACUCUGCCGCUCUUUGUAGCUCCUGAGGCAUGCGAAUGUGGGAAUUUUCCUGAGGAGAUGAAGUCGAGGCACACACCGCAAAUUAGUUUAGCAGAAUAGAUCUCAGACCAGAGGACAGCCAUGGAUGAACUGCCCGAGCUGUACAGUAUCCUCAGAGGAGAGGUAGCAUCUGUUAUGGAAUAUGGAGCCUUUAUUAAAAUCCCAGGCUGUCGCAAGCAAGGGCUUGUACACCGGACUCACAUGUCCUCUUGUCGCGUGGACAAUCCAUCCGAAAUUGUGGAUGUUGGGGAGAAGGUGUGGGUGAAGGUGAUUGGCAAAGAGGUUCAAGAUGAGAAAGUGAAACUUUCUUUUUCAAUGAAAGUUGUUAACCAAGGAACUGGAAAGGAUUUGGAUCCCAACAAUGUUGGCUUAGAACAGGACGAGCGGAGGAGACGGGAGUUCAGAGAUUACUCCAAACAGAGGAUCACCCUGGAGGCCGUUCUCAAUACCACCUGCAAGAAAUGUGGCUGCAAAGGUCAUUUCACAAAAGACUGCUUUUCACAGCCCGGAGGGCUUCAGUACAGCUUGUUACCAGAAGAGGAGGAGGAGCAGACAGGAGAGGGCUUUCAGGAACAGCCGAGCCAGUCGGGGAAAGAUCCUACCAAAAGGAAGAAAGAGAAGAAGACCAAGAAGAAGAAGAAGAUGAAGAAGAAGCUCCAGGAGCAGCUCCACAGCUCAUCCGGCUCGGACAGCGACGACGGCUCGGACUCCAGCUCCGACGAAGAUGACCCCAGACCUACCAAGAGGAGGCGCUCAUCCAGCAAGAAGCACAGGCGGUCCUCCUCCUCCUCGGAGCAGAAAAAGAAGAAGAGCAAGAAGCACAAGAAACAGAAGCACAAGGCCCACCGGAAGCACGACUAAGCGAUGACGACUGGGAGGAUGGAGCCCGGUCCUGGCUUAUGUGCUGCUGUGACAGAAGUUAGGGCCACCGAUCACCUCUCAGAGAGGAAACAGCUGUAAGAUGCCUGGAGACAGGGCCCCACAUCUAGGCAAAGGCCUCUAGCUUCACAGCAAAUGGCUUAAUUUAGGACUUUAAGUCAAAAUUAAUACUGCAGCAUUGGUGGCUGAAUUUAGUUGCAGAGGUAUUUUUGUGUAGUUAUCACUAAUUUACUGCAGACCUUACCAUCAUAUUUUAAUACAGCUGUAAUUGUAAAAUGUACAUAUUACUGUUAUACUUAGAGGUAUUUGUGCAUGUGUCAUUCAAAUUCAUACUGAUAGGAAGUUUAACAAAAAUUUGUGUGAUCAAUUAAGGUACAAAUUUAGUGAUAGGCACAUCUGCAGUUGUAAUUGAUACCAGAUCAGAUGUUUUCAAAGACUGAGGGAUACUGUAGUUUCUCAGCCACAGAGCAGUACGAUAGUUUCUCAGUGUAGAUCUCGGAGACUCCUCUCUUGCUGUUGGGGCUGCAGUAUCACAUAGACUAGGAAUUUGUGUGCUCAACAAAAAAUAUUUACAUAAUAUACACAAAUGCUAAAUGUAAAACACUCUAAAAGGCUUAGAAAACAGAGUUUCCUUGGUUGUAAUGUGUUUUUUAUAAAUAUGAUUAUUUGAGACACCUUUGUUAAAACAUUGCUGUAUACUGGAUAAUUGCUGUUGUAUUUUAUUGCUUAUGCAGGCUACCACUUUGGAAUUGAUUAUGAAUCCAUUAGGUCUUGUUCUAUGCCAAAACCAUCUAAAGCAGCUGCAUAUUCUUAGAUGAGACAUCUAAGGAACAUAAUGAUUUUACUUUGGAAAAAUAAUUCUUCACAUUUAUAAAGUGAGGUUUCCAAAUGAGCAAGAGAUGAAUUAGGUAAGAAUACAAGAGAGGCUACAGAUCAAUGGCAUUUUGAUCAGAGAAUCUCUCCCAGCCAUUUCUUGAAGAACACUGGAAAAUCGGCUUCAACAAUGUGGUGGGGAAGUUUGCUCCUCCCACCUCUAGAAGUGCCUCCAAUUCCUAAUCUCAGACGUCCUGCAAUCUUCAUUUCACUUUUUUGCUGUGUCCUGCUGUAGAUCCUGAAGGAGCCCACUGUAUUAAUCUUGUCUGUACCUUCAGGAUUCUCAGUGUCUGUAAUGACCUCUUGUAAUCUCAUCUGUUCAAGGACAAGCACAUUCUUGCAGCCUUACCAGGAACUUAUCUGGUUCUUCUUAUCUGAAUGUUUUCCAGGGCUGUAGUGUCCAGUGCUUCUUGUAACUAAAUUAACAAUGAUAAGACAUUUUUGUGCUAGGGGUAUUUUUUGUAUCAAUAAGAGAUGGAAACUAUGUAUUGGGCAACCUACAAGGUAACACUGCAACACAUUUUAUUCUUGCAGAUUUCUGUUGAAUGAAAAUAUUUUUUAAGGUG